AGAGGAGGUCCAUGUAUGAAAUGGCGGAACGGAGGCCGGUCGUCUUCACGGCGCGCUGUCAAGAUUAAUCAAUCACGCCCGUCCGCGUCAACCCCACCGGCCACCAUCCCCGCUCGCCUCGCCUUCCUUCCUGACCCCUCUUAUCCAAAAUCACGUGCGAUCGUGACGCGACCCCCGCUCGCCCUCGCCUUGCGAUCCCGCUCGCCCCGCAAUCCGACCGAGGCGAGGCGCGAACCACGGAACCAGGCCGACCGACCGAGCCAAUCGAUCCGGCGAGUGAAGUGGGCGCGGCGCGGUGCGGGCUUUCGGCAUGGCGACCACGCGCGGCGGCGGCGGAUCGGCGUCGAGGGUGGGGGACGGGGACGUCGACCUGGGCGAGGGCUGGAACUGGGGCGCCAUCCCGCGGCUCAUCUCCUCCGCCUGCCUCUUCCUCUGCUCCGGAGCAGAGGCUGUUUUGGAUGCUGUGAUAAGGCUGUAAAGCAACUGGGUGAACUGUCCAGGAACUUGAUUACACAUGACCAAAUUCCCAUUGGAGAGACAUUUUGGAGUACAACCACCAUCGAGGUCGAACCAGCAGAUCUUAGGGGCAUUUCUCCAGUCAAUACAUCCAACUGGGCCUUUGAUCAGCAUGGAACUGGAAGCAGCCAUAACCUUCCUGAACUUGGUAAUAGUGGACUCAUUCUUUGGGAACAGACCAGGCAGGAGUGGACUGAAAUUAGAAGUCUGCGACCGAAGGUGAAGCAGGUUCGCGAACCAGUAUUGAGUUGGAAUGCAGCAUAUGAGAGUCUGCUUGGAUCAAAUAAGCCAUUUCCUCAACCCAUUCCUCUUCACGAGAUGGUCGAUUUUCUUGUGGACAUCUGGGAGCAAGAGGGGCUGUAUGACUAAUACAAAUGCUCUCAUAGGGAUAACACGUAGUUGUUCCUCAAGAAAGGAUAAAGAAUGACAUAGGUUUAGGCUUGAGCUGAGGUAACAAUGGUUUGGCCUGUCAUGCAUGUUUUUGUUCAUGGAGGCCAGUUGUACUUGCUGAACACAGUACUGCAGUGGUAACCGGCCAACUUGUAAUGUUAGAUAAGUCGUGAUAGUCGCUUUAUUGACUUUGUCAAAGAAAGUGAGAAAGAAGGUGUGUGGUAUUGAGUUGUGGACAAGAAGUGUGAUUUGUAUUGAUUAAGAAAGCAUUAACACCGAUGCUGUCGGUUAUAGAGGGUUGGAUUAUUCUAGGGGUUGAGGAGUCAUGUCAGUGUCCAUUUCGUGGUGAUGAACACUGACAGCUACCUCGACUGGUCCGAUUCUGAAAUAUUAAAUUUUGUUUGGUGCCGUCA